AUGGGUGGACCUGGACCAAAAGGUAAAACCGGACCACCAGGCAAUGCGGGCGAGCAAGGUGAUUACGGAAAUGACGUUUUAGCCGGACCUGAAGGUCCUGCGGGCAAACAAGGGCCACCUGGUCCACCUGGCCCAGAAGGACCUGACGGUGUGACUGGUCCAAUUGGUCGACAUGGAAAGACUGGACGCGAUGCGGAAGUAAGUGACGAGAACAUUUUUCUAUUUCUAACUUUUAACGGAAUUUCAGUUUGA